AUGAAGAAGACAGAAGGGUAUUUGGGGCGAGAGGGCGAGAGUAUGCACCGCCUGCAGUUUCUCAGGACAUGGACUUCAAAGAAUAGACUAGAGUCACAGCAACAAAGACUGAAACUGCACCUCAAACAUCGCCAAGGCAAGGCUGGAACAGACUGGGACUGUCAACCUACCCGGCCACCUUAUCAUACGAAGUACUCAGAAACUAAGCACAGGGAUCAAAUAUGA